CGUGUAUUCCCGCUCCCCCGGGACUCUUGUGCGUUCCACGUCAAUCGGGGAGUUGUCACUCUCGGUCGGCGAAGGAUUAACGAUUUCCUCUUUGAUCGUUCUCGCGUUUAUCCGCGUACUGUUUGGUAAACGGUAUUUUCCUUCUUUUUUUUCUUACAUUUGGAAAGAGAGGCUUCUGCCACGUUUGACUCAUUCCUCGCGAGUCACCCGGUUGUGGAAACUGCCGCGUGUCUCGCGUCCUCGCGCUACGUAGAGGACGUUCGUUGGAGAGAGAUUGCAGCGGCCGUGGUAAUUGAUCGUUUCUCGUGUUUCUCCGGCGCGUCAAACUUCUGGAAUCGUCUCGUUAGAUGACGUGUGACUUUGCUCAUCGAACCGAAACUCGCCCGGUAUAGUUUGUACAAAGUAACAUGAAGGGAGUCAAAGCUCUAUUGAUAGUGGGACUGUUGUCAGUCGCCACAAUUGCAAAAGAGGACAAGGAGAAGGAAGACAUUGGUACAGUAAUAGGAAUUGAUCUGGGCACUACUUAUUCUUGUGUUGGAGUUUACAAGAAUGGUCGCGUAGAAAUCAUCGCUAACGAUCAGGGUAAUCGUAUCACACCUUCCUAUGUGGCAUUUACCACUGAUGGCGAGCGUCUGAUCGGCGACGCCGCCAAAAAUCAGCUGACAACGAAUCCAGAGAAUACCGUGUUUGAUGCCAAGCGAUUGAUCGGCCGCGAGUGGUCGGAUCCCACUGUGCAACAUGACGUUAAGUUCUUCCCGUUCCCAGUCAUCGAGAAGAACAAUAAGCCGCAUAUCAAGGUCGAGACUAGCCAAGGCGAGAAGGUCUUUGCGCCUGAGGAAAUCUCGGCUAUGGUGCUGGGUAAGAUGAAGGAGACCGCCGAGGCGUAUCUUGGCAAGAAAGUCACCCAUGCAGUAGUCACCGUGCCGGCUUACUUCAACGAUGCACAGAGACAAGCCACCAAGGACGCUGGAACUAUUUCCGGUUUGGUUGUAAUGAGGAUUAUCAACGAGCCAACUGCUGCCGCGAUCGCGUACGGUUUGGACAAAAAAGAUGGCGAGAAAAACGUGCUGGUGUUCGACCUGGGUGGUGGCACUUUUGACGUGAGCUUGCUCACCAUCGACAACGGUGUGUUCGAGGUCGUCGCCACUAAUGGUGACACCCACUUGGGAGGUGAAGAUUUUGAUCAGCGUGUGAUGGAUCAUUUCAUCAAGUUGUACAAAAAGAAGAAGGGCAAGGAUAUCCGCAAGGAUAACCGAGCUGUCCAAAAACUGCGUCGCGAAGUCGAGAAGGCCAAACGAGCGCUCAGUGCUAGUCAUCAGGUCAGGAUCGAGAUUGAAUCGUUCUUCGAGGGCGAGGACUUCUCUGAGACAUUGACUCGUGCCAAAUUCGAAGAAUUGAACAUGGACCUCUUCCGUAGUACUUUGAAGCCUGUGCAAAAGGUCUUGGAGGAUUCUGACAUGAGCAAGAAAGACGUGGACGAGAUUGUUUUGGUCGGUGGCUCGACUAGGAUCCCGAAGGUUCAACAAUUAGUUAAAGAGUUCUUCGGUGGCAAGGAACCGUCACGAGGCAUUAACCCUGACGAAGCUGUCGCCUAUGGUGCCGCUGUACAAGCUGGUGUACUUUCCGGAGAACAAGAUACCGACGCAAUUGUACUUCUCGACGUUAAUCCUCUUACGAUGGGUAUUGAGACUGUUGGAGGUGUCAUGACCAAACUCAUUCCAAGAAACACAGUCAUUCCCACGAAGAAAUCUCAGAUCUUCUCCACGGCAUCCGACAGCCAGCACACUGUCACGAUUCAGGUGUACGAGGGAGAGCGUCCCAUGACCAAGGAUAACCAUUUGCUCGGCAAGUUCGAUCUGACUGGCAUCCCACCGGCGCCACGUGGCAUACCGCAGAUUGAGGUCACUUUCGAGAUCGACGCCAAUGGUAUUCUGCAGGUGUCGGCCGAGGACAAGGGCACUGGCAAUCGCGAGAAGAUCGUCAUCACGAACGACCAGAAUCGCCUCACGCCCGAUGAUAUCGAGCGGAUGAUCAAGGACGCGGAAAAGUUCGCCGACGACGACAAAAAGCUGAAGGAACGCGUGGAGGCGCGCAACGAUCUAGAGUCGUACGCGUACUCGCUGAAGAAUCAACUGGCUGACAAGGAGAAACUCGGCUCGAAGGUGAGCGACGCGGACAAAACAACAAUGGAGGAGGCGAUCGAAGAGAAGAUCAAAUGGCUGGAGGACAAUCAGGACACCGAGCCGGAGGAAUAUAAGAAACAGAAGAAGGAGCUCACCGAUAUUGUUCAGCCGAUCAUUGCCAAGCUGUAUCAGGGCGCGGGCGGCGGUGUUCCACCCACCGGCGGCGAGGACGAGGAUAUCAGGGACGAACUUUAACUGCAAAUUAGCGACCCGCUCACCUCAGUUCGCGGCUUAGACUGAUUACUCGCCUUCCGAGAAAAUACUUUACCGAAAUGUGCUGAAACACAUUACGAGAGGCUGAGCGCGGUACACACACACGGUCGCGCGGGAGAUUAUACGUUCUCGCCGUACGUUUAGCUGAAAGUGGCUGUCUGGUUCUAAGUUUUACUUAGAUAAUAUGUAGCAUACACUAUCUAUAACUUUAAGGCUUAGGUUAAGGAAGGCUUUUGAAGCUAAAUGUGCAGUGGGAAUACAAGUCUUCGUCACAAUUCUUACGUACAUUUAAAAAAAAGUGAGAAAAUGCUAACGAUAUCGCGAAGCCAUCAGAUUUUGAGAGAGCGUAGAUCGUAGAGUCUCUCUCUAGAAUUUUGAUCUUUUCUAUAUAAUUUUAUUCGACUUCGCGACAUCGUCAGCAUUUUUGAUGCUGCGCUCAAUUCUCUCCCCCGCAGCACAUGCAUAUUGACUCCACGGCGUCGUUAAUUUAUUUUGAAUUGUUUUGUAUGUUUCUCCACUAAGUGUAAUAAUCGAAUAAUCGGUUACUUGCGGAGCAAAGCGCGUUAAAGAUGUAUUCGUGAAUAUGCGCAUGUAUGAUUGAACGAAAGAGUGAAUGAAUUGUGUGAGGACGCGCGGGCUUGUAACUCGUAUACUGCCAGCGAGUUACACACUAUGUACAAUGUAGCCGUGUCUACGUGUGAGUGCAACAUGUGUAUCACGCAAGAAUAAAGAUUUUUUCAGUAAAACUUAA